AUGUCGUCAACUCCCCUGUCCUUCAUAUUUUUCUUCUACUUGUUAAUCUCAUCCUCCUCUUCGUUGUUGUCCUUCAGUAGUGGUGCAAGUUUCAACCUCACCACCAUUGCUUUUGAUGAUGGAUACAACCCUCUCUUCGGUGAUUUCAACCUCGUUCGCUCCCCCGAUGGCCGCAGCGUUCGCCUCCUCCUUGAUGUUUCUUCAGGGUCUGGUUUUAUUUCGUCAAGUAUGUAUGAACAUGGAUUUUUCAGUGCCAAAAUCAAGUUGCCAUCUGAUUAUACUGCCGGAGUUGUGGUUGCCCUCUAUGCAUCAAACGGUGACGUAUUUGAGAAAAACCAUGAUGAAUUAGACAUCGAGUUUUUAGGGAACGUAGAAGGUAAGCCAUGGAGAUUUCAGACUAAUCUGUAUGGGAAUGGCAGCACAAGCCGAGGCCGAGAAGAACGUUACAGACUUUGGUUCGAUCCAUCAAAGGAAUUCCAUAGAUACAGUAUUUUGUGGACGGCCAAGAACAUCAUUUUUUACGUCGAUGAAGUUCCAAUUCGUGAAGUGGUACGCAGUGACGAAAUGGGCGGUGAUUACCCAACAAAGCCGAUGUCUAUAUAUGCCACCAUUUGGGAUGCCUCCAGCUGGGCCACUAAUGGUGGCAAAAUUAAAGUUAACUACGACUAUGCCCCUUUCACUGCCGAUUUUAAAGAGCUGGUCCUCGAGGGUUGCCCUAUGGAUCCCAUCCAGGAAUACCCCGAUUUCACUACCUGUAAAGAAAAAGAUGCCUGGCUCGAGACUCGAAACUUCGCCGUCUUAACGCCGAAACGGCGAUCCGCUAUGCGUAAGUUCAGACAGCAUUACAUGUACUACUCAUGCUGUUACGACGUAUGGCGGUACCCCGUUAAACUUCCUGAUUGUGUAAUCGAUCCGAUCGAAAAGGCAAGGUUCAAUGACACGGGAAGGUUAAGAUUUAGCGGAAGCCAUAAAAAGCAAGCCAAGAUCGCAAAAGCACGACGGAAGAAAAAGCAACGGGCUGCUUCCGAUGAACGCACCGAUGUAUAGUGUUAGAUUUGUGUUGGUUAAUUAAAAACGUUAUCUGUUAAUCUGGACCUUCGGUGUUAUUUCUUUUCAAUCUUAUAAUUAUAGUAUAGGAUAGAAAUCUGUAGGGUCGAAUGAUUGAUUUUUGCACUUACCAUUUCUCUCGUGAAAAUCAGCCUUGUGUAAUUUAUGAGGUAAGCUUAUCUUAUUCAUGUAUAAUAACAAAUUAAUCAUUUAAUAUUGUGAGAUAUUUUUCUCAGUUAUCCUCAAAAAGAA